GUUUUUUUCAGGAAGUUUAGUAUUGGAUGACGUUUGUAGUCGCGUUUUCACUCGGAGAAACAGCUGCUGCGAAUUCACGAUUUUUUGGGCUGGUUUUACUUUAAUCCUACGGUCCUGUUGUGAGCAGUGACGAGAAGAUUGUUUUGGGGGCAACCCCCACUGUAUUGGAAAGACCUCAUUCUUCAUACAAGUUGGCAACUCUCUAAACCGCAAACAUGGUUUUAGCUGAUCUGGGUAGAAAAAUAACCUCAGCUUUGAGGUCUCUCAGCAAUGCCACGAUCAUCAAUGAAGAGGUUUUAAAUUCUAUGCUAAAAGAAGUCUGUGCCGCUCUGCUGGAGGCUGAUGUCAAUAUCAAGUUGGUAAAACAGCUCAGAGAGAAUGUCAAGGGAGCCAUUGAUCUGGAGGAGAUGGCCUCUGGGCUUAACAAGAGAAGAAUGAUCCAGCAUGCUGUUUUUAAGGAGCUUGUCAAGCUUGUGGAUCCUGGAGUUAAAGCCUGGACUCCUACAAAGGGCAAGAACAAUGUUAUCAUGUUUGUGGGACUUCAGGGAAGUGGAAAAACCACAACAUGCUCCAAGUUGGCAUAUUACUACCAAAGAAAAGGAUGGAAAACAUGUUUGAUUUGUGCUGACACAUUCAGAGCAGGUGCCUUUGACCAACUCAAGCAAAAUGCAACAAAAGCCAGAAUACCCUUUUACGGGAGUUACACAGAAAUGGAUCCAGUCAUUAUAGCUGCAGAGGGUGUGGAAAAGUUCAAGUCAGAAAAUUUUGAAAUAAUCAUUGUGGACACCAGUGGUAGACAUAAACAGGAAGAAUCACUCUUUGAAGAAAUGCUUCAGGUUUCAAAUGCUGUGCAACCUGACAACGUAGUGUACGUGAUGGAUGCCUCCAUUGGUCAGGCUUGUGAGGCUCAAGCUAAAGCCUUUAAAGACAAGGUAGAUGUGGCCUCUGUUAUCGUCACCAAAUUGGAUGGUCAUGCCAAGGGUGGUGGUGCACUCAGUGCUGUGGCAGCCACGAAGAGUCCCAUCAUAUUUAUCGGUACAGGCGAGCACAUUGACGACUUUGAGCCUUUUAAAACUCAGCCCUUCAUAAGCAAACUGCUCGGUAUGGGUGACAUUGAAGGACUGAUUGAUAAAGUAAAUGAACUUAAGCUUGAUGAUAAUGAAGAGCUCAUUGACAAGCUCAAACAUGGUCAGUUUACACUCAGAGACAUGUAUGAACAGUUCCAGAACAUCAUGAAGAUGGGACCGUUUGGUCAGAUCAUGGGCAUGAUCCCAGGCUUUGGAACAGAUUUUAUGAGCAAAGGAAAUGAGCAGGAGUCAAUGGCCAGAUUAAAGAAGCUUAUGACAAUAAUGGAUAGUAUGAAUGACCAAGAACUUGAUAACAAAGAUGGUGCCAAGCUAUUCAGUAAGCAGCCCAACCGAAUCCAACGAGUGGCCCGUGGAUCCGGAGUGGCAACCAGGGAUGUACAGGAGUUGCUCACACAGUACACAAAGUUUGCUCAGAUGGUCAAGAAGAUGGGAGGCAUCAAAGGCUUAUUCAAAGGAGGGGACAUGUCCAAAAAUGUUAACCCAUCCCAGAUGGCAAAACUGAACCAGCAGAUGGCUAAAAUGAUGGAUCCUAGAGUGCUUCACCACAUGGGUGGUAUGGCUGGAUUGCAGUCCAUGAUGAGACAGUUUCAGCAGGGAGCUGCUGGUAACAUGAAGGGCAUGAUGGGAUUCAACAACAUGUGAACUUCUGAGCAUGCAAAAGAAUCUAUUUGUUUUAGUAAACAAAACCUGGGUGGAUGAAGGUGGUUUGAAUUUUAUGUCUUGCCACAGGUAAUUUAAUUCUUAAAGCGGUGUAAAACAUUAAAUGCUCAUUAACAUGUAUGUAAAGCCCAGUGUUUGUGCAGUGGGGACAGUUCGAUGAAAUCUUGUUUUCUGAGAUGAACCAAGUGAUGUUUAAAAUGUCAGGGUGCUCAGCUUCACAAAUGUACACACAGACAUAUGAGUGCUUCAAUAUGUUGCCAGACUCUGGUAACUGACCACUUUUCACCAUCUCUAAACCGGGAUAAAAGAUAAAGAAUGAUUUUACAUUAUCUGCUAUGAUCUUCAUAGCAAAAGAUCUUCAUAAGUAGAAAUAUUGAUUUAUUGUAUAAUUUCUUGCCAUAGAAGAGCUUUGGCUAUGUGUUGGAGAUAAAUACAGUAGUUACAUAAUAGUCUGUGGCAAUAUUUUGUCAUAAUGUUAUAAUAAAAUUUAUAUGGCAACAUUUUAAAA